GCGUGCGUCGUGUGUGUUGGUGCGGUAUAUAAAAUCCGGUAGAAUGCCGCUGGAUUGGAUUAGUCAAAGUUCUGAUUUCGGGCGGUUCACACACAGCACGAUCGAUUGAAAAGAUGGCCAAGUUGGUGUUUAUUGUUUUGGCUCUUUGCCUAGUGCAGGUUUCGCUGGCACGUGUCACCCGAGAUGCUCCAGCGCCACCUGCGGAGGAGAACACGUUUCUCAAGUCGCUGUCCGAGUUUGGUCAAAAGUUCCAGACGGCCCUGGCCGAUACCCAGCAGAGUGUGCUGAAGGCGUUGGGAUUCCAGUCAAAUGAAGAGGUGGUUGAGACCAUCCAGAAGAACACGGGCAAGUACGUUGACCAGCUGAAGACGAUUCAGGCCACCAUCCAGGAGGAAGCGGCCAAACAUUCCAACAUCUUCGACCCGAUCGUGAAGGACUUGAACGCCCAAAUCGCCCAGACUCGUCAGAAGCUGAGUGAACAGAACCCCGAGCUGGUCCAGAAGGCCCAGGAGUAUCAGCAAACGGUUCAGGCCAACAUUCAGUCGCUGGCCACCGAGGCGCAGAAGGCCGGAGAACGCAUCAAGGAGGAGGGCCGAGGUGCGUCCGAACAGCUGCAGGCCGCCCUCAAGCAGCUGUACGAUGUCACCUUCCAGACGCUGCAGAAAACUACCCAAGAGCUGGAGCCCAAGAAGGAGGGAUCGCGCUAAGUUACGACGCUGUGCUAGCUUAUUAUUAGAAAGGUGAAACUGAUUAGAAUCAAUAAAUGACUCAACUUGCUGUACCAGUA